AAUCGAUCUAUCAUGAACGUUUGAACGGUGCUUCCAUGUCUCAAAUUUGACACAAUGACUCUCAAUGGUUACGUCCAUCGCUUUUUGGUCAUUCGGACUACAUUUUCCGAAAGCUCCUUAUGGUCUACUAGGAUAGUCGGAAGGCGGGCCUGAAGAUAGUGAUAACUGUGACAAGAAUCUCCGCUGGAAUGCACAAAUACGGAUGUGAACACCAAGUCCUGACUCCUGUUGCGGCGUAGUAUCGAUGACUAGGAUUACCACCUUAUGACUAGUUCUUGCUAAUUCUGAAAGUCCUUCGCAAUAUGCAGAGCAUCCCUCAAGAGCGUUCCCGUUGUCUGCUCGACAUAUAUAAGAGCUCAUCAACUCAACCCAAUUUCGUGUGUAUCCUUCUCCCUCAUACACAUAUCCAGUACUCUCUAUACCUUUCCCGCUUUCGCUUAGCUAUGAACCGCCGAAGUGGCGUUUACCACAGGAAUGAUAUUCUCUAUCUCAAGGUGGCCAAGCCUCCUUUGGCGAAGGGAGCCCAGGUGUUUGUGAGCGGGGUCUACAGCGGUGGGAUACAAAGGCAUGCACCGAAUACCAGUACGAAGUUGGCUAGGUACUCUGUACAAUAUCGCAGGAUGGAGCUGAAGGUCGCAGAAGGCAUAGCUUUCAAAGUCAACCCCGAGGACAUCGAUAUCCCAGGAGUCGAUUACAAAAAGAGAUACUAUACGUCGCGUUCGACUGGGACGUUGAAGACCGCCCGGGAAUUCCGCUAUCAGAAGGAAGGAGAGGACGAGAGUUCUCGUAUUAACCUUCCUCCCGGUACCCCCAUAGUGAUCGGUCGGCGUGACAGCGAGCCUACUUUAACAGGACAGCGUCAUCCCACUAGGCCUUCUGAAGCUAUAUAUGAAGUUAAGGCUCAAGUGCAGUAUUAUGUGCCUGUGAUGAUUACCCUUGCCGGCCUUGUCUUGCAUGAAGAGCUCUCUGUUACUCCGGUUGUGUGAUUAUGAAUGCUUUGAAACUUACCCCUUUCCCGGAACUGUGUUUUCAUUUUGUGCUCUUAGGUCCCGAACCAAAUGUGACUCUGUGUACUACGUAUCUCCAUAUCCCGUGUAUAAAUAGAUUAUCUGUCGUGCAGUAGUGUUCAUGUACUAAGCAAUAUUGCCAUCGCUGUCAAGUCAUCUAUUGCUCGACUCAGACGAAAUUUGUAGUCUGUCGAAUUUAUUUUCUCAGAAAGCAGGUUGGGAAAUUGACUAUGAUUCUAAAUGCCUAGCCACGUAACAGCCAUCCAGCUAUCAUGCUCCGUUCAAAAGAUAGCCAAGGCCACACUUCGAACUGCCAAUGUAGUCGAAGGGAUACAGGCGAACUUGUGAAUGACCAUAGAAGACAACAAUUGACAAUCAUCGAAUCACAUUAGAUUUAUGCCUAUGUACAACUCUAUGAUUUGCCCUAUAACUCAGGAGAAUCCCAAUCAACAAAGUAUGAUGUACCGUCCACUAGAGCAAUUUUGCGUCUAGGUCGAACCGGCGGCAGGCGUGCACUGUGUUCCUUGAGAAAAUCAACUGGAAGCCCAGCCCAGCGAUCGUAGGCUUGCCACACACAUUGAGGGA